GAAACAACAAAGGAAGCCCAUUUUUUCAAACCAUUCUUUGCAACUCUUGGUCAAUCCUCACCCACAUUCUAUAUCACUUAAAACACUUCUUUAGCUGCAAUGGAAGAAUGCUACUAUAAGAGGAACCAUGUGCCAGCAUUUGGGAGCUGGAAUUGGAAUGAUGAUCUUCCAUUCACACAGUGCUUUGAAUCUGCAAGACAAGCUGGUUUGCUACGUUACAGUUACUCUGAAAGUGAAGAACGAGAUCUUUAUGUUACUGGUGACUUGUAUGAGAAUGAUGUUGUUACUCCUGCCAUGAUUGUUGUUCCUCGUAGAAGGGAAAAGGUGCAUGGCCAGCAUGAAAAAGAAGCAAAAAAGCAUAAUUGGGUCACAAAGGAGCCACUAAGCCCAAUUUCAGUGCCAAGACCAACACCAAAACCUGUGGAUGAGGACUUGUACAAGAUCUCACCUGAACUUCUUUAUGCCAGAACUAGGAAGAAGAAGGGGUUAUGUUUCUUUCCAAGCUGUUUGCUACCAACUUGCAUUGCCUGAGACAUGGAAAUUUGAGAAGCUAAUGUACAUAUAAGUGAAAUAGAGAAAGAUACUAAUUGAAAAGCAAUAUAUUUCUGGACCAAGAAGAAUAUUAUUAUAGUCAUAUGAUUAUUAUGGGAAGGUUGUUGUUGUUUAUUCUGUCACUUUACCUUUUAGUUAUAUUUUGGGUGCUUCAAAUUUUAGUCUUUGAUGUACUAUGGGGUGAAUCAUUUCAAGGAUUUUAUGUAACCAGAAGUUAAAGAAAUUAUGUUCCUGUCAG